GAGAUUAAUGGGCUGCAGUUUAAGACACAGAGAGUUCAAAAACUCUGAAGUGCGUGCAUAUUAAAGUAUUGUAUCGCAUCUUUAUUGUAUUUGCUAUUAUAUUCAAUUCUGCUGUUUUAGCGUCGUACAGUAAUAUUACGUUGACUAGUGGCCCUUUAAGAACCGUUGAGAGUGAAAGGAGGCGGUGAGGUUUCACACCAGGAGUGGGAAACGUGGGCGGCGCCAGCGCGGCAUGACUGACAGCUUCUCAAUGGCAAUCGAACCACACGGCGCAAGAAGAAUGUGCAUCGACCAAUGACAUUGGGAGGACGCGCGUCACUCAAAGUGGAGAGCCAAUUGCAAUCCUCGGUGGGCGAUGCUUAACUCCGCAAUGUUUCCAGCGUGGGGAUCCGGAGCAAUUGCUCUGGGGAAAAAAACUAAAGGGGAAAAGAAGGAAAAGUGCCGUGGUGAAUCCUGUCCGAGCUGCGGCAGAUUUAGCUAUAAUAACCGGAUCGCUGAGAUAUGCUAGUCACAGCAUGCAUCUGAUAAGUAGCCCUUAAGAUCUUUCAGAUGCGUUUGCGAUAAAGUUGGGUUUAUAUCGUUUAGUAGGCGUUUCAUUUUGCCGUUUUGCAGCAUUACAGCGCAAGAAAAAUCAGCGUCUUUACCCUGAAGAUCUAGGCUCCGCGGAAACUUGAAAUUAAAAGUACAUUUAAAAAGUGGAGGAGUGAAUAUUUCAAAGCCCUUUGCAUCUUGGUGACAGCGUUCAGGUCGCCUGCAUGGACAAUUGUAGAGCACGUCCGUACUUAUGCUUGGGGCGAGGGCUAUUUAGCUAGUUAUUUCGUAGCAUGUCGUUAGAAAGAAAUGUUAAAAAGUUACACUCGAUAACGUUUUAAUGGGAAUAUCUUAAAAUCCGUUUGCGGGGGAUAAAUCCUCCCCAAGACGGGGAGCCCAGGCUCGCAGACAGAUCUCCUUUUCAGCCUUUUAAGGGCAACUGCCUGCAACUUGCACUGAGACCUGGCGUCCGGACAGCUUCUUGUGUUGCUUCGUUAAUCGUGAUUCACCUUUUGAUUCAGUCCGGCGGGGUGGGGGUCGCAAACUCUGCCAGGGGGAAGUUUAAAAAGUAACUUUUACCGGCAUGGGAGCCGCCUGCAACGCUUGAUCGCAACCGGCUGCUUCGCCAUGCAGAUGUCCCGCGUCCGGGUUGAAGUGCACCGACCAUAAGUGGUACUGUGGUUAGCCGGACACCCCCGCUACCCAUCCAUCCGUGGAUACAAGGAGCAAUCAGUGGCCGCGCUAAUAAAACUGGAUACAAAAUGGCGGCGUGGCCGGGACACAUGGGAUCGGCGUCUUGGUGUGUCUUGUACCUGCUUUCGUCCCUGGGACUGCUGGCCGGGUCCGGCUCCGCUUUGCUCUGUCCCCUGAACUGCACGUGCGAAGGGGACUCUGUGGACUGCAGCGGGCUGGGGCUGACGGACACGCCGCAGGAGCUACCGGUCCGGACGCGCUCCCUAAACCUGAGCCGCAACAAGCUGAGGACAAUCGAUGCGGAAGCCCUCUCCCAGCUCUCUGGCCUGCGCGAGCUGCACUUGGACCACAAUGAAAUUUCUUCGAUCCCAUCGCUAGGAGCUGUGUCCAAAAACAUUGUGUCCCUUUAUCUGAAUCACAACAAAAUCCAGAGCAUCGACGGCCCCAGCCUGCAGAACCUCAGUGCCUUGGAGACACUGGACCUGAGCAACAACAAGGUUUCCGAGGUCCGCGCUCACUGCUUCCCAGCCGGCCUGCGGAUCAGAGACCUGUCCCUGGGCAGCAACAGGAUCAGCUAUGUGGAACCUGGUGCUUUCAGCCGCCUGUCGGGCAGUUUGCAGGUGCUGCGACUGAACAGGAACAGGAUCACACAGCUUCCUGUCAAGGCCUUCCAGUUGCCCCAGCUGACGCAACUGGACCUGAACCGGAACCGGCUGCGCCUGAUCGAGGGCCUCACCUUCCAGGGGCUGGAUGGCCUGGAGGUCCUCAGGUUGCAGAGGAACGUCAUCGGCAAGCUGACGGACGGCGCCUUCUGGGGCUUGGCCCGAAUCAGAGUGCUUGACCUGCAAAACAACAGCCUGACGGAGGUGAACAGCGGCUCUCUGUACGGACUCUCUGCCCUCCUCCAUCUCUUCCUCGACCACAACUCCAUCUCGCAGAUCAACCCUGAUGGCUGGAAGUUCUGCCCUGGCCUCCGUGAGCUGAGUCUGUCCCACAACAACCUGACACGGCUGGACGAGGGCAGCCUGGCCGUGCUGGGAGAGCUGCAAACCCUGCGACUGGGGCACAACUCCAUCAGCCACAUCGCUGAGGGCUCCUUUCGUGGGCUCCGGGCCCUGCGACUGCUGGAGCUGGAGCACAAUGACAUCUCCGGCACAAUAGAGGACACCAAUGGGGCCUUCUCCGGCCUGGACAGCCUGACCAAGCUGUGAGUGUCCCGCCGUUCCCCGUUCUUCACGCCAUUCUGCCCGCUGAAAAGGCUUUCAGAGCUCCACCUUUCCAGCGACAGCUUCCUGUGUGACUGCCAGCUGCGCUGGUUCCCUGAGUGGCUGGCGGCGAGGGGCCUGCAGGCGGGGGUGGAGGCCGUCUGUGCCCACCCAGAGUCCCUGAAGGGCAAGAGCAUCUUUGAAGUGCAGGCGGACAGCUUUGUGUGUGUGGACCUACCCAAGCCGCAGAUCACGGUGCAGCCGGAGACCACGGUGGCGGUCCUCGGGAAGGACGUGCGGCUGACCUGCACGGCGGCCAGUAGCAGCAGCUCGCCCAUGACCUUCGCUUGGCGCAAGGACCAGGAGUUCCUGCGCGAGGCCGACGUGGAGAACUUCGCGCAUGUGCGGGCCCGCGACGGAGCCGUCAUGGAGUACACCACCAUCCUGCACCUGCGGGCCGUCACACUGGCACACGAGGGCCGCUACCAGUGCAUCAUCACCAACCACUUCGGCUCCUCCUACUCCAACAAGGCCCGGCUCACCGUCAACGUGCUGCCGUCCUUCGUGAAGAUGCCGCGGGACAUCACCAUCCGGAUGGGGGCCACGGCUAGGCUGGAGUGCGCGGCGCGGGGCCACCCGGCUCCUGUCAUCGCCUGGCAGAAGGACGGCGGCACCGACUUCCCGGCGGCACGCGAGCGGCGCAUGCACGUCAUGCCCGACGACGACGUCUUCUUCAUCACCAGCGUGAAGGCGGAGGACAUGGGCGUGUACAGCUGCACGGCUCAGAACACGGCAGGCGCUGCCUCCGCCAAUGCCACACUCACCGUGCUGGAGACCCCUCACCUGGCUCAGGAGCUGGAGGACCGCAGUGCUGUGGUUGGGGAGACAGUGGCACUGCAGUGCAAGGCACUGGGCAGCCCUCCGCCGAAGGUCACCUGGCUGAAGGGGGAGGAGCUUCUGCGGGUCACCGACCGUCACCAUUUCACGCCUGGCAACCAACUACUGGUGAUCCGCGGCGUGGUGCCAGAGGACGCCGGCCGCUACACCUGCGUCAUGUCCAACGCGCUGGGCACCGAGCGUGCCCACAGCCAGCUCACCGUGCUCCACUCAGCCGCCUGCGGCGUCCACCCCAGCCGUCCCGACAGUGCCGUCGCCGUGGGCAUCAUCGUGAUCGCCGUGGUGACCAGCAUCGUCGUUACCUCACUUGUGUGGGUCUGCAUCAUCUACCAGACGCGGAAGAAGAGCGAGGAGUGCAGUGUGACCAACACAGAUGAGACUGUUGUGCCCCCAGACGUCCCCAGCUACUUGUCCUCGCAGGGCACCCUGUCCGACCGGCAGGACGUCUGCAUCCGUGUGGAGCCUGGAAGCGGCCCCCAGCCCAACGGGCACCUUGAUGGCCCUGCUUUUACUAGCCCCGUCGUCUGCCCAGAGUUCCUAGAAAACAUCAACAGUUACUCCCAAGACCCGAGCUACAUGCCUGAAGGCCAGAGAGCCGUGGAUAUGGGGUAUCUGCAGGACCAGCACGGCCGGGGGUGCGGGCAGCCCAGGCGGGGAGAUGCUGGGCCCCUGUUAGGCCAGCACUGUAAUGGAGAACCGGGAGGCAGCAGGGAACUUCACACUUCGGUGUUUCCUAGCAACCACGACAGAAUGACAUCAAUCAGCCAAUACUGUGACAGAAAAGGCCAUCCUGUGAAUGGGGUGACGGCCUCACUGCCCCUGACCACUGUCUGCACCACACCUAUUGAGGAGUCCUUUCAUAAACCGGUCAUGCUAGGGCCAGAUGCCCCAAGUUCUCCGGAUCCCGGGGGCGAGUCGGACCUGAGACAGGCCCUGAUAUCCAACGGACGCCCGGUGCGGUCGUGCGACUCCCCCGGCGACGAGAGCGCCCCCCUCAGACGUGCCAUGGACUGAGCAUGUGGACACGGGGGCACCUUGUCGUCCCCCCCCCCCCCCUUUUGCACUGAGAACUGCUACCUCGACUUCGAAGUGCCCCCUGGUGGCCUGGCGAGGGCACGGCUGAAGCUUGAGGCCCGAGCUUGUGUGGGCCGCGUCCCGCUUGAGCGUUCCUGCUGUACAUACUUACCGAGAUCUUCCCAUGGGAGGCGCCGUUUCCAGAUGGAGAUGACCUGCAUUUGAAGCAUGCGAAUGUGGCCGGUGGCGUACAGCGGGGGGCGCAGUGGAUCAGAUGUGCCUGUACAUAUGAUUUUUCAUAUAUGUAACUUUUACAGAGAGUAUUUGAGUCUAUUCAGUGCAUGUGAAAGAACGGAGUGGUGAUAGUUUUUUUUAAACGGCUCUUUUUUUGGUUUAUCGAGUGUCUCAACUGUGGUGCCUUAUUGCAUGAACAAAAACCGUGAAGCCCCCCCCCCCACCCCAGCACCCCUGCUCCCUCACCCAGCUCUUAUUUGCACUUGAUAGCACUCAGCCUGGCCUGACGUCCCAGCUGCCAUUCUCAGCUUUGUGUAUGAAGGACGGACUCAGCUGAUACUUAUACCCAGAAGACGUGGUGAGGUGGGAUCGUCCAAUAGCGACGCUGCGUGUCUCAAGCACUUUUGUACUAAGGAUAAAAAACUAAAAACAUAAAAAAGCAAAGGUUUAAAUACUGCAAGGGUACUGUACUGGGAGUGUAUUUUAGACCGUGCUGGUGUGGGAAUAACCUGCUUCUUUCGAUGCCAUGACAUAAUAUUGGAGGAUCUUUCACCUCGGGGUGGGGGCCGGCUACCCGUGGUUCGGGCCCCCGGACGGCGUGUGUGGCGCCCCCUGCAGGGCAAGAGAGACGCUGAUUCAGAACCCUAAAGGAAACAGACUGAUGAAGUGCCAUUCCGGAACUUGCCGGAAGUAGGUGCUAGUGCCACUUUUUGUGUUGGGGGGGGGGGGGCUAUUCGUGAGGCACAUUCCCUUCAGUGAUAGGGGAGUGCAGACGUGCCCGCCUGAGCCGCUCAAAGCCCCCCCCCACCCAGCCUGGACACCAGCAUGAGCUUGGGAAGGUCCUCUUCAGGUGAAGGGAUCAGGUGACCAUCUGGUUCUCUAUCGGUACAAAUCUAUUUAUUUAUGUGAACUUUGAAAGCUGUUGUACCGUGACAAUGUUCAAAAGAUACUGUGUCCAUUAAAGUCACAUUUAUUA